AUGGCGCACACCAAGGAAGAGGAUAUCCAGAUGAUGCUUGUCUGCAAGACCCACCUGGGCACCCGGAACUGCGACUACCGCAUGAAGCGCUACGUCUUCCGCCGCACCGUGGACGGCAUCCACAUCAUCCACCUCGGGAAAACUUGGGAGAAGUUGAUGGUCGCGGCUCGCGUCAUCGUCGCGAUCGAGAACCCCCAGGACAUCAUCGUCGCGUCCCAGCGCCCCUACGGCUCCCGCGCGGUGCUCAAGUUCAGCCAGUACACGGGCGCCAUGCCGCUGGCGGGGCGCUGGAUGCCGGGCACGCUGACCAACCAGAUCACCCAGAAGUAUCUCGAGCCGCGGCUGCUGAUCGUCACCGAUCCGCGCACAGAUUCGCAGGCUGUGAAGGAGGCCGCCUACGCGAGCAUCCCAGUCCUGGCCCUGUGCGACACCGACUCCCGCCUGGAGAACGUGGACAUCUCCAUCCCCGCCAACAACAAGGGCAAGGAGUCCAUCGCGCUUCUGUACUGGCUGCUCGCCCGCGAGGUGCAGUACCUGCGCGGCACCAUCCAGCGGACGCAGCAGUGGGACGUGAUGGUCGACUCCUUCUUCUGGCGCGACCCCGAGGAGCUCGAGCGGCAGGAGGAGGAGAACCAGUUCCCCGCCCAGGAAUACGCCGCGCCCAAGCCCGCCGCGGCCGACGACUGGAGCGGCCAAGCCACCGGCGGGAACUGGGACGACAUGACCACUGGCGCCGCGGCCGGCAAUGACGACUGGAGCGCACCGGCGGGCCAGGCCGCCGAGGGCGGGCAGCAGUGGUGA